AUGCUCAUCCGGAAAGCACGAGUUCAAACAAAGCAGAUAAUGGCUCAACGUAAACCAUCAAAUGCUACACGAAAAGGAUCGAUCUCAUCGUCAACUAGCCGUACUUAUUACAAUAAAACAUUCGAAGAUGCAACUGAUUUAUUCCUUUUUGCUUGUGCACAUGGCGAUUAUAUGCUGGUGCAUCGACUUUUGCUCGAAGGCGAAGUUCAAGCUAAUGUUUCGAAUAAAAUGGGGAAAAGUGCGCUGCAAAUAGCUAUUGAAAAUGAGCAUUUCGAAGUAGUCAAAGUUCUAUUGGACAAAAUCCCUUAUGAGAAAUUCCGUGAUGCACUUCUCUUGGCUAUUUAUUUGGGUCACACGAAUAUCGCGGAUUUUAUUAUGAACCAUCCAACCUACCGAACAUUCUGCGGCGGAUUUCUUGAUCCAACACAUCCGCAAGCGUAUGACGAUUCACAAUUCAGCUCUGAUAUCACUCCACUUAUCCUUGCUGCACAGUACAAUCGUUUGCAAAUUGUUCAUCAGCUGUUAUCCAAGGGUGACCGUAUCAAAAAGCCCCAUGCUAGCUUGUGCCCGUGUGUCGAUUGCGCGGACAGUUCAGCGUACGAUUCCUUUCGUCAAGCCCAAGUUCGUCUGUCUGCUUACAAAGGACUCUGUUCGGAAGUUUAUAUUGCACUAACAUAUCCUGAUCCCAUUCUUCAAGCAUUCGAAUUGAGUCACGAAUUACGAACUUUAGCACAAGUUGAACAUUAUUUUCGUGAAGAUUAUCAGAAACUAGUGAAUCAGCUAUCGAUAUUUGUUACUCGGUUAUUGGAUAACGUUCGUGGACAUGAAGAACUUGAAAUUGUUCUGAACAAAACUGGCAGACCUAGUGAAGAGAAGUACGAAAAUCUCGCUCGAUUUGAUCUAGCUAUCCAAUAUCAAGAAAAGCCGUUUGUAUCGCAUUCGAACUGUCAACAGAAACUAAUGGAAAAAUGGUAUGAAAAUCUGUCAGCGAUCAAAAACGCGCAUCUGACCAAACGACUACUCUUCUACUUGGCUUUUAUUAUCUGUCUACCCUUUUUAUUAUUAGCUUAUUAUUUCUUCCCGAAGACCAAAGUCGGAUCGUUGUGUCAUCAACCAAAUUUAAAGCUGAAGGCAUACAUUGUUUCAUAUCUCGCGUUUAUUAGUCUUAUAUUUGCUUCGAGCAAUUUUUCAAUAUCGCAUUUACAAAAAACGAAACCUCUUUCUAACUACGAUCCAGACGUGUACGAAAACUAUGUUAGAUACAUUUACAAAAAUGCGAGAUUAAAAGAUGAUCUGAUCGAGCGAAUGGGUUUCAAUAACCAUAGUAAAGCUGAUACUCUUCUAAAUUGUGAUAUUAGUUUGCGUUUUAUGGAACCGAACCCAUUUCAAAUAGCCAUUUUUAUCUGGGUUAUCGGGUUCGUUUGGCAAGAAUUCAAACAACUUUUUACUUCGGGCAUGAGAGUUUAUCUGACGGCACAUAGUAACUAUGUCGACUGUACGAUGAAUCUUCUUUAUAUACUAUACUUCAUAUUUCUCUAUUCAUCGAUGAUUUAUACUCGUACAUCGAUGAAAACAUUCCAAUCGGAUGCAUAUUGGAAGGACAUAAAAAGUUAUAACAAAAUGUCUGAUGACGAAAGAGUAGAUAUGCUUGAUAAAACCCAUCAUAUACUUUAUUGGUUGAAUGCUGAUCGCUAUUAUUGGAAAAGCAGUGAUUCACAAAACUUAGCGGAAGCAUUUUUCGCGAUGGGAAAUGUCGCGAGUAUCUGUCGAAUUUGUUUUCUUUUACCAAUCAUCGGAUUUGUUGGACCAUUACAAAUCAUGCUUGAACGUAUGAUUAUUGAUAUUUCGAAAUGGAUCGUCAUUAUUGUUAUCUUCUUCGUUGCUUUCGCAUGUUCAUUAUAUUUUAUAUUCUCUUCAUUUGCUGUUAUUAGUCAAAGUUAUGAGAAUGCCACCUUCUCGGCGAAUAACAUCGAGCUAUAUAGUUCAAUACCAUUGAUUACAAACAAUACUGAAUCCGUUGCAAAUGUAGAUCGCUGUCCAACUCUGUUUGGAAAUUUGACGAAAAAUGAAACCGAAUCGAAUAGAUACGUUCAAGAAGUUCUGAGUAAUGACGAUAAUCUGUCUAGUGUUUGCAAAAAAAGUGACGAUUAUGAAAAGAAAAUCAAAGUCGGUGGUCGACCAGCGAUCCAUUACUUUGGUAAAACAUUUGGCGCAACGGUAUUAACAACAUUUUUCACUCUGUUUGGUGUCAUUGCUGAAGAUGGUAUACCGGAUCGCGGUUAUGAACUAGUUUCCUUAACUUGUGUUAAACCAGAUCCAAAAACGCACGCAUCAGGCUUUGAUCAAUUCACAUCCAAUCUUGGUUUUAUUAUCUACGGUCUGUUUACGUUCAUUUGUGUGACCGUCUUGAUCAAUACUCUUAUUGCUAUGAUGGAAGAAACGAUCGAUACAAUCGAUGAUCGUGCUGAUGUAGAAUGGAAAUUCGCGCGUUCACGACUCUACAUGGAAUACAUACGCGAUGGUAACCAUUUGCUUUCUAUGCUUCUUCCAAAGUUAAUGAAUCAUCUGAUUUUAGGAAAUACUCUUCCUGUUCCGUUGAAUAUUUGCCCAACACCGAAAUCUUUCGUGUAUCAGAUGAAACGACUCAAAAGAUUAAUAUGUAGGGAUAAAACUUCGAUGAACGAUCACGAACGAGCAAAUGGGAAUAAAGAUGAUGGCUUAGGCGAUCUCAACAUUCGACGUCGUAAUGACAAGAUUAACAGUAAAAGCACUCAAUAUGAUAAAUUUAAAAAUGAAGGAAUUUUCAAUCGACAACGCAGUUACGUCAUACACGAAAAGUUGACAUACAAGAUUGUUAUCGAACGUAUUGUGAAGCGGUUUUUACUUCAUUAUAAAAACAAACAUAUUGGUAUCGACGAAACGAAUGAUGGAAUCGAAUUUAAGCAAUUUAAAAACGAUAUUUCAUCAUUACGAUUUGAACUAUUUAAUGAAGUGGACAUUCUGGAUGAGAUGCGACAAUCUUUGAUACAAUCGAUGAAGAAAUUCGAUGAUGAUCUGAAUAAACAGUUUGAUAUCGAACAAAUGAAAUAUCAAUUAAGUCAUCAGAAACAUUGA